AUGAAUUUCCAACUUGUAGUAACAUUCCUCAUCGCCUUGCGGAUACAAACAAGUAAAUCCUUUAAGGGAAUUUUGAAAGUUCCGCAAAAGGAUAAUAAUCUCACAUUGGAGGAAAUAAAUACCUGGCUAAAGAAACCCAUAAAUGAGAUACCCUAUUUGAAUGUAAUGUUACGAGCAGAGAAUUAUAAAAAGGACAUGGAUAACAUUUACAUACACUGGUAUCUGACUCAGACACAAAUAGCCUAUGCAUUAAAUACCUACAGCCUAGAGGACCAUCAAAAAUCCCAUCACCCUGAAAUUGAAAAAACCUCGGAAAACUCUCACAUCGACUAUGUGAUUGCGACCAAUUUCAAGGAUUUCCAUCGAACAUCCUUGUAUUUUGCCCAACAUGCUGGAAUCUAUUUCUUUAUUAUUUUGGAUAAAUACGAUCUGAAGGAACUUCGUGAAGUUUCCCAUAUGUUAUGGAGGAAAUAUCAAAUCUAUAAAAGUUUCCUGCUAACCAAUGGCGGAAUAUUUAUAUACGAUCCUUUUGCUUGGAAUACUGAUGUGGGAGAUUAUGGUACAAUUAUGCGAUACAGGGGUGAACAAUCUUUGGAACGUACUAUAUUUUAUAAUAUGCGUGGUUAUCCAUUACGUGUUCAACUUUUUCGAUCGGUCUAUUCGAAACCAAUGUUAGAUCCUGAAACGCAGAAAGUCAGCCAUGUCUAUGGUGUGGAUGGUAGAGUAUCGGAAAUAUUACAUGAGAAAUUGAAUUUUACAAUGGAUCUAUUGGAUCCCGAUCCACAUUAUUUCGGUGAACGACAACCGGAUGGAUCCUACAAUGGUGCCAUUGGUUCCAUAAUCGACAACAAAUUGGAUUUAUGCCUGACGGGAUUCUUUGUGAAGGACUAUAUGGUACCGGAAAUGGAAUUCUCCGUGGCAGUUUAUGAUGAUAUGUUAUGUAUCUACACCCCGAAAGCCGAACAAAUACCCGAAUCAAUAUUACCCAUACUCUCGGUGGGUUAUGAUUUAUGGUUGGUCUUCAUUAUCUCAGCAUUCGUUUGUGGAUUUAUUUGGGUUUUGUUGCGUUAUCUAAAUUUACGCCUAAAGCUAUGGCCAAAACGCCAGUCACAACUUAUAAUCAAUGGACGGAAUUUAGAUAAACCCUAUAAAUGGCAAGUGAUACGAAUAUUCAUAGAUACCUGGGUGGUAUGGGUAAGGGUAAAUCUGAAUCGUUAUCCACCAUUUAAUUCGGAAAGGAUAUUCAUUGCCUCGCUGUGUUUGGUCAGUGUUAUCUUCGGUGCAAUUUUUGAAUCCAGUUUGGCCACUGUCUAUAUCCAUCCUUUAUACUAUAGCGAUAUCUAUACCAUGGAGGAUUUGGAUAAAAGCGGAUUAUAUGUCAUCUACAAAUACACCUCGAUGGGUGAUGAUUUAUUUUUCAGCGAAACUUCUCCACUGUUUGCCAGUCUCAAUAAGAAGCUGAAACAUUUGAAGGAUCUGAAUGCGGAUAUUUUACAAGAUGUUGUCGAUAAUGGUGGUAAGGCGGGAGUGACACGUUAUACCACUUUGAUUUUGGAAUAUCUUAGCUAUAUACGCAAUCAGCAGAUAUGGAUUGUACCGGAAUGUCCAAAAUAUUACACCAUCUCUUAUGUUUGGCAUAAAAAUGCACCCUGGGAGGAGACCGUCAAUCAGCUGCUGUUGAGAAUGCAAUCGGCGGGACUGUUUAAUAAAUUUAUUAACGAUAUGCAAACGGAUGUCGAUAUCGAACUAUCAACUCAAGCAACGUCAGCAACAACAAGCAAUUUUAAAGUCCUGACAAUCGAAGAUUUACAAUUGGCUUUUUAUGUUAUUCUACUUGGUUCGCUAAUGGCUUUCAUUGCCCUACUAAUCGAAAGGAGGAAAAAGAAAUCGCGUCCACCGUGGAAAGCAGUGAUAAGGAAAUAA